AACACAUCACUAGCUCUGACGUCACGACGUGCUGACGUCAGCUCUGUGCUGUGGUGGAAGCGGCUGUGCUUCUCUGACCCUGCAGCUAAAUAUUCUUAUGUUCAUUUCCAAGACUCCUUUUUCAUCUUAUUGCGGAUGACAGUCCGUGGGGGACAGAGAGGAGUUUCAUGUAGUGUAACCCGUCGAAGUAUCGAGUCCAUGGAGGUCAUGGACAGCCCGCUGAAUCUGGCUCAUCAGCAGUGCAGGACGGCAGACCGUUUGGUAGUGGCUGGGAAGUAUGAAGAGGCCAUCUCCUGCCAUGGAAAAGCAGCAGAUCUUUUGACAAAUGCAAUGAAGACAACACAGUGUGAGCAGGCUCGUCUGUCCAUGGAGCUGCAGAGGGACAGUCAUAUCAAACAGCAGCGACUGAUCCAAGAGCGUUGGAAGAGAGAGGCUCGUCGCGAGGCAACGAAGGCCCGACCCGGCCAGGUGCAGCCCUCCAGCAGCCCAGCCCUCCUUACCCAAACCCAGACCGCAGGCCAGCUGCAGCCCCACGGCUCCCCGGGCCUCUCGGCCGCAGAGGGGGGAGGAAUCAGGGAGAGAGAGUACGACACCUUGCUCUACCAGCUUCAGACUCGGCAGACCGGAGGCUGCCAGCCUUUGACUCCACUGUGCCCCGGAUCUAAGACCACCAAAGACGACAAAACUCGCCUGGAAGAACAACAGACCACCAUCAAGGACCUGCGGCGCCUGGUCGACCACCUGAUGGAUGAAAACCAGCGGCUGACGACCGAGAAGGAGCGGCUACAGUCGGAAAACGUCCGGCUGCGCUCCGAGGCGGUCGAGGCUGUGGACUUUGGGGAGCGCUCGGAGCUCUGGGUGCUGCCACAAGCAGGCGGCGCCAUGGGAACAGGGGGUGGGCAGGAGAGGAAAAGCACGGGGAAGGGAAAGGAGAUCGCAAUCCCUCAGCUGCCACCGCUGGAGAUGCCAGCUCAGGAAGAUCUGUGUCUGGACGACCUGCCUCCUCUGGAGCUGCCAGAGGACAUCCAGAAUGAACUACAGGAGCUACUGGACAGGGACAAACUGUGAUAAGAGACAUGUCUCACACACAACACACACACAGGCACCAGGGUUCAACCAAUAUGGCUUUGAGUUUGGAUGCACAGGCUCUGUCUGAUCAGACCUCUGCUCAUGUUAAAGAGGACAGAGACAUCACAGAGACGAGACAGAGCUAUGAUGGAGAUUCCAAACUCUCUGCACUAAUAAGAAUGAUACAAAUGGUGCAACAAAACUAAUAACAAUAACUGGCAGGUGAAGUGAUAACAGCGAUACCAUUAAUACAAUGCAAUCUAUGGUAAAGGAACAGUUCACCCACAUUGUCAGAUGGAACAUCAGUGAGAUUGUGAUGGAUGUUGAGUCUUUUACAUGGUGUCUGGAAAUAGCCAUUAAAUAACUCUGAACAACUUCACAAGUUCAGUGUUCGGAAGCUAAAUUAUAGUGAUUAUAUCUAUAUCAUUAUAUCUUUAUCCAUCCCUUUAAGUGAUGCUGGAAAUGUUGUAUUGAGCAGAAAGGUGUGUGUGUGUCCCAUUUGCGUUUUAAUUCAUUUUAACGCCGCUUCUUCGCCAUUUCUUUAACGCAUUAACGCAACUUGCGAUUUUUAGGUUGUAGCGGGCUUAGUUUUAAAGCCAGAGUGAAGAUACUGGCAUCAUAUGAAACUAGAAAACCGAAGGAAUCCAUUGAUACCAGCCAUGUCCAUGUCUAAAUCACGCUCCGAACUUACGCGAAAAUUUGCAGAGGAAAAACUGGCAUGGCCAUUUUCAAAGGGGUCCCUUGACCUCUGACCUCAAGAUAUGUGAAUGAAAAUGGGUUCUAUGGGUACCCACAAGUCUCCCCUUUACAGACAUGCCCACUUUAUGAGAAUCACAUGCAGUUUGGGGCAAGUCAUAGUGGGCUGCAGUUUGCCAUGUUGUGAUUUGAGCAUAUUUUUUAUGCUAAAUGCAGUACCUGUGAGGAUUUCUGGAUAAUAUUUGUAGGCCAAUGGCUGUAGCGAAUGAUGAUAAUUUGUCAAGUAUUUAAUUAAGUAAACAUUAAACAACAAUAUUAUGUUGUUUUAUUUUGAUAUUGAUGGAUUUUCGUUUUGUAAUUUGUAUUAUUACAAAUUUCAGUGUGAUUUUGUAUUACCUUUUUUUUUACUUCAGCAACAGAACCAGGGAAUUCUUAUUUCUUUUUUAACUCUAUUGAAAAGAAAGAAGAAAAAAAGCAUCAAUGUGACGUGUUAGUUAGAACACACCAUUGCCUGAAACCUUAUCAAUGAAAACAACUGAAUUUUCCUUAUAUCUGUCUUAAAAUCUUCCUUUGUUGAUCAUUGUCUAGUUUCUGAAUCAAUAUUCUUCCAGAAUAUGUGGGUGAACUGCUCCUUUAAGAGCCUCAUUGGAAAUGCUCAGCACCAACUGGACCGCCUGUUAACAAUGUCAGAGCUAUUGGUCUAACCCUACCACACACACACACACACACACACAUAUACAUCAGGAUCAUGUGAUUCAGUCACAGAAAUGCAUAUUGCUGUUGUUGAAGAAAAACUACAUUGCUGCAUUUUUUAUUUUCUUUUAGUGUACUUGAAUUAAAGGCUUCAAUGAUCA